CACACCCACCCCUUAACUUCCUUCCAGUUACGCUGCGACGACUCACCUCGAGAACCACCUUGCGCAUGCGCCCCAGCUCCCGGAGGUACGCUACCGUGUGCGGAUGGUCUCGGUGAAGAUGCAAGGCUGCGGUGGCGGCGUGACAGGCUUGCGCUACCAGUGCGCCCGUGGGCCAGGAGAAAGGAGCCUGCGCUAGGUCCUUUCGUAACACUAAGUACUGUACAAGGAUCUGCGGCUCCGCCCCAGAGCCUGCCAUCUUCCUGACACUCUGAAUGGCCGUACCUACUCUGCGGUGCAUGCUGGGAGGUGGGUGGAGCCGUGGGCGCCGCCAUGUUUUUGUACGGCGGAAAACGCAAAGCAUGCUGGGGUCGGUGGGUUGAGUUUUUGAAGACGCCCUGGGCGGGAAGUCUUAAACUGGAUCCUGAAGGAGGAUACUCUGAAGAGAAAGCAAGACUCUGCGGUAGACGGAGUAGCCGUCCUGCACAGCUCCUUCGGUGUUCGGGGGAAGCCCGGCUGCACCGGAGUGGCCUCGGCGGUGAGGUAGGCGUGGACACAUCUGACAGGGAAGGGCGUUUGGGCCCAGGUUGAACUUGCCCUGUCCGGCCAGCUUCGUAGGAAAAAGCACUUGAGCAGCGAAAGAGGAGAUGGAGCCUGCGAAUACUUUGUGUCAAGGCGGAGAGUGCAAAGGAGGUGUUUUAGCUCACCUGGAAAGAUUAGAGGCUCAAACGAACAGUUCAAAUAGAAAGUCUGAAGAGCCAGCAGAUCCCACAAAGAAAAGUUCUCUUAGAGCCAGGAUUCAGGAACUGCGGAGACAGCGAGAUCAGCUGAGGGCUGAAGUGAGGCGACGGCAAGCCAGAGUUAAAGCGUCUCCGGCCAAUGAAGACUUAAACCGAACAGUGGAGAUCAGUGAGCAGGAGGUUCUGGAAAGGCAAUGGGGAAACGUGAAAGCCAUUCUGCAGGCCUACCGUUUUACAGGGCUCAGCGGGAAGCUGACCAGCCGUGGAGUCUGUGUGUGCAUCAGCACUGCCUUCGAAGGGAACCUACUGGAGUCGUACUUUGUCGACCUCGUCAUAGGGAAACCACUCCGGAUUCACCACCAUUCCAUCCCAGCCUUCAUCCCUCUAGAAAAGAUAGCCGCGGCAUACCUACAGACUGAUAUCCAGCGCUUCCUGUUUAGUCUCUGCGAGCACCUGAAUGCCUACGCAGGGAGGAAGCACCAGACAGACCAACUGGAGACUGACUUCAGUGCCUUCCUCACUGGACCUUUGCAGAGAAACGCCCUGUGCAACUUGCUGUCAUUUACCUAUAAGGUGGAUCAGGGGUGCCAGACCUCCUCCUUUAGUGCCAGAUUGCUGUAUGAGGACCUCACAGCAACUCUCCCCACAGACGUCACCGUGACAUGUCCAGUGGCAGAAGCAUCAUCCGCUCACUGGGAAAAGCACAGAACGUCCCAUGAGAUGCUCUUCCGUACCAAGCCCCUGCACCAGGUGUUCGCCUCAUUUUCCAAACAAGUUGAAAGGCUGGAUUUGAGCCUAGUCUCCUGAAAAACCCGCUCCUGGGGACACAUCCGAAGUGAAUCCAUCCAUGCUGCCUGCAGUGAGGACCUGUCAGCAAAGUUGUGGAGAGCGAGUGCUUGCCUGGACCCCACCCUUUCCAUGAGACUAGACAUCCACUUCGUCGCUUGUUGAGUUCCUGUGUGUGGACACUGGGCGACUGGGACAGUUCUCCUCGAUUGCCUGGUCACUUGGUACAGUACUCCAGAGCAUCUCUUCCUCUCUAAGUACCGGUUGAUUUAUUCUUGCUGAGAAUCAGCUCAACUGGGGGUAACUGAAGACCUUUUGUGGGCAGAGCUAUAAACCUGUGAUAGGGCAUGUAGUUCAGAAGGGAAAGUGUUUAACCCUUCUUUGGAGUAGUAUGUUCUAGGUCACUGUUUGAUGGGGAAAAGUCCUUUUGGUAAUUAGGGGUUCUUUGUAUUUAAUAUUGUUUCCUAAAUUAUCUUGGUCAAGAGCUGAAGGCAUGAAGUCACUCUGAGGAAGCAUUGUUAGAAAUCUGCACAGCAGUCAGUGGACCCUCCCCUGUCGUCUCCUGCACGCUCCAGACAUGGCUGUCUGUCCCAUCCUCUUUCCGUUCCUGAGUGCUCUAAUGUCCCUUUUCCUUCUAACCAUGGCUGUUGGGUGUGCAGCAUGCAUUGUUCCUUGAUAGAACUUAACAUCUGUUUAGACCUAUCUGCCGGUCACGUUCUCCUGUUACAAUUCCUGUUUCUCCUCUGCUAGUUCCAAGGAAGACCUUGAUACUCCACAGGCCCAGCAUUUGGGCCUCACUCGGAACUAGCUGCUUCCUGGAAAUCUCCAUGUAUGGAAGCUCCAGCAAACUCCAGGAAGACUAGGGGGAUAAGCCCGCAUGGGUCACCCUACGGAGGCUUAGAAUAAAAGGUUCAGCCAAGUUUCUGCCCUCUAGGUAGGUGGUGGGGGAGAUGUCGCGGUAACAGAAUUGCCACACGGUGCCAUCAAGUUGAGUAAAGCUUUUAAUAAAACAGUCCUGUUCUUGACCAACA